AUGUCGUUUCAAUACAAAUUAAGGAGAAACGAGGCAGACUGACACACACACCAUCUCCCCGUUAACCUCCCCCUUUCCUAAUGAAUUCUGCUCGCACAGUGCUCCACCAGACCUGCUCUCAACCACCGUUUCAUGUGGAAAACAAGUCAUCGCUCUUGACGUAUAUAAAGUCCAUCCCUAUCUCUGCUGCAGGGUACAUUCAGACUGCACCAAGUGCAUCAUGAGCAGGGGGUGUCUGCCAGGAUCUCUCAAUGCAAAUACACAGUGAUUGGAAGGAUAGAGGGAUUGUGGGAAUUAGAUGGCUCCCUAUUAAUAUUGCAAGAGAUGUGAUGAGCUGAAAGCACCGAAUCCCACUCAUCGUGCAUCCAGCAUUCUCCGGUGAUAACGUGCAGGUCGUUGAUGGCAGCGGAGACCGUCCAAGGUAUUGUGUCUAGAAAUAAGACGGAGAGACGCCUGUGUCUGGCUGUCAUGUCCAUGUAGGAGAUCAUCAAGACCAGUUAAAAACGCACCUCUCUCUCUACCUGAACCACCAUGACACACAGGGAUCUGGAUGGGAUCGGAGUGACGAACCAGGACUCCGACGAUAAGAAGACAAAGACUUCAGGAUUGAACAACAAGCAGUGGGUGAGACUGGCGACGGUGGUGGCGUAUUUUCUUUGUGUAUCCCUGGCUGCUGUUAUCCUGGCGGUUUAUUAUGGGCUAAUAUGGGCUCCAUCUUCCAAAGGAAACAAGACUCUGGAUUUUAGCAGUGCAGUCACCUCACCACCGGUGGUAGCAGCAGGAAGCCACAGUGUGGAUCCUCUUCUUAAGAGAAGUAGGGACCUAAGUGGCAGGUCCAAGAGAGGAUUCAAGACCAUCCUGGCCGAGAAUCCAUCAGUAGAUGGCUAUUACACUCCUCAGAGACAAGUUGGAAAGAAAGCCCGUGUAUCUCCUGCUCAUACCCACCAUGACCUGAAGUUUGGGGCGAAAGCCAGUAAGGAAGUCUCAACUCCAAAACAAAAGUGUGGCUCUUCCAAAGUUAUGGAGGAUGCAGAGGUGCCUGGAAUGACCUCUGAAGAAGCAAGUGGGGUGAGACCCAGAUGUGACUACUAAGAACAUUACAAGAUAGACCAAUAAAGAACUUGGUUACCACUGGGCAAUGACUUUAUCUGGACACCUGCAGCAGAUACUUAGUGUCAUACCAAACUUCCCAUGUGAUUGAGUUUAUCAGCGAGCAAUGCUGCCCAGUCUGUAUUCAGCCAUAGGUUCCUAAUCUACCACUCAGAAAUAUGUCUCAUUACCCGUCGUCUGAACAAUGUUUAGCGGUCACAAAGCACGUGAUCUUUAUUGAAAAUGUUUGCGGCCUAUUCACUAAACUGUGUCAUGUAGAGAAUUGAUCAAAUUAGUUGAACUGGAAAAAAUGGUUAUUGUUAUUCUUAUGUGGUUUGGUAUAAACUAUGCAGUUUCCUUGUCAAUAAUCCACAAUUGGUGUUUAAACAUGUUUACAUCAAUAAACCCUUGCAUGUAGAUACUUACAAACACAUAGAUAUAUAUACAUGUAUCACAACAUACAUCAUAGCACAUACAUGUUUAAUAUACCGCUAACAGGUGUACUUGGCAUGUCCCAUUAGUCCUGCGGGGGUUCCAGAAUACUAAUAUUAGUACAGGGAAUUCUCGCACUGUAUUCCUAUAAAGAUUAUUGUAUUCACAGCACACGUUGCAAGCGUACAGGUGGGCAAUGUUAGGAAAGUCCUUAUUAUAAUUGUAGUGUAAUCGGAUUGAAAUGCUAUUAAUCCGAUUAUUUACAACCAAAACUGAACAUUGGAUUGUAGCAAGAAAUGUAUUCAGAUACACUAUGGGGGUUUCACUAAACAGUGACUUAUAGAGAAUGCAGAAUUUAGGAAGGAUAGCCGGUUUGGAAACAUUCUUCGACUCUGCCGUAGAUAUAGCUGGGUCUCCUUUUUCCCAGAGUUUUGCAGUUUGGUUUUGUGAAUAAACCCCACAAUCUCGCACUUUCUGUUUUAUCGUGGUUAUCAGGCUUCUAAUGGCAGAAUAUUGCAGAUUAAAUAAAACACACUCAGACCCCCGAACCAGCUCAGUAUUUGUUGUAUUUCAUUAAUUUUUAAAUUUGAUUCAACAUUUUAUCAUUCACUUUUCUUGCUGCUCAUUUAAGUGGAUUAAGAAAACAACUCCCAGGACACCGAGCCGACAUUAGUAGCAUCACACCCCAUCUAAAAGGAUGACAGUGGAAGCAGAGCAUCAAGUGAUGUAAAGUCAACGUAAUUUACAUCAAGCGGUGACUUGUUACACAUUUUAUCAAAUCCUGUGUAACUAAAACAUGUGGAUUAAACUGCGGGGUUUAUUGACUAAACUGCGACUUGUAGUGAAUUGGAACCAAAGUUGCAUAAUUUAGGCUUCGACAGCCAAGCAGCGGCUGUAGCCAUGUUGGAGAAUUGUUCCAAAUCAGUUUUAUUAGCUUGAGUUUUGCCAUAAUUUCAAUUCACUGUAAUUGUGUUUAAUCUCCGUUGGCUUGGUUGGUGGUGAAGAGGUUAAAGGAAGCCGGUAUAAUUUUCCUCGGAUACUGUUCUGAUUCCAGUUAAUCCUGUGUUAUAUUGGGUCCCUCGCUGCCAAUUGGAAACGCUCAUUACCUGGAUUAACCCUUUCAGCAGCUCUAGAAUCGGACUAUUUAAAAUAUUUUUCUGAAAUUCUCAAAUUUUGCUGGUAGUGCGAAAUAAAACUAAAUGCUGUAUCAAGGACUUUAACGUUUGUUUAACGUUUUAUUGUCAGUAAUGAGUACGAGAAGAAGUAACGUAACAGACUUACGGCAAGCCAUUGUAGACUGAAAUUACAUUCUAUAUAGAACAUAACAGACACUUCAUUCUUCCAUCUAAUUGUGGUGGAUUUUACAUAAAUACCACAGAAUGUCUGUUGUUAAUGAUUAUUUAUAGGUUAAUAAAGAUUUUAUGACAUGA